AUGUCUGACACCACACAAGAUGACUACAGAAUAGGGGAUGAAUGUUGUCCCAUGUGUUCACCAGGAAAUCGUGUUUAUAAGCAUUGUACUGAAUUCACCAGCACCAGCUGUGUGCCCUGUGUUGAUUCUACAUUCCUUGAUGAGCCCAAUGGUCUCAUAAAAUUCAAAGUGUGUACCAAUUGUGAUCCAGGUUUGGGUUUGAAGGUAAAGCAGCCAUGUACACCUUCAUCAAACACUGUCUGUUGGACACUGGAGGGGUUCUACUGUCUACACCCAACUAAGGAUGGUUGUAGAGCAGCCCAGAGACACAGCAGCUGUAAACCUGGUCAAUACAUCAGCCACACAGGAACAACAUCUACAGAUACUGUGUGUGCUGACUGCCCUUGUAAAACAUAUUCAUAUGGAUCAUUACCAUCUUGUCAACCACACACAGAGUAA